AUGGGAACCACCGGUACAAUAGCUGAAGCAGCAGAAACACCUAGAUCUUACUUGGUCGAGACAGAGAAUGGCACAGUGAGACGAAACCGUUCUCAUGUCAACCCAAUCCCUACAAGCCAGUUUCACCAAGUGUUGAGAAGAAACAAGCCCGAGACAAGGCAUUGACUCCCUUGAAGCAACUCGCAUCACCUUGUCUCUCAUCUAGACCAAAGAGACUCAUUAGACCCUCUCUCAAGUUACAAGAGAGCCUUGGACUUUGUUGA